CUCUCCAAAAUCCUUUUUGUAUGAUUUAUUUUAUUUAUUAAAGUGAAAAAAGCUGAGACGAAAGUGGCGAUCAUUGGAUAACCGCCUCUUCUCUCUCUCUCUCUCUCUUCUGAGAAAAAGAAAAAGAAAGGGAAAACAAAUUCUGCAGAGUAUAAAAGCCACGUGAUUCGUUCUACGUUUGACUCAUCAUCACAGAUCAUUCCUUUCUUUUAAUUAGGGGUUAUUUGGGGUAAGCAGCAGCUCUAAGAAGCACCACCACCACCGCAUUUGAUUUUGACCUGAAUCUAAUCUAAUCUAAUCGGAUCAUUCGCUUAUUUGAUUCUUCUCCCGAAACGAAACGAAACGAAACGACACCCAGAUUCACCUUUUGAUUCGUAGGCUCUCAAGGUUUUGUACGCUGAACUAGAUACCGGAAGCCCAAAGGAACCAUAUGCUAUGGGGUCUGAGAAGCAUUCUGCUCGUUUGUUGAACACCCUCAAAAUGGAGAGGGUCAGGACGAUUCUAACCCACACUUACCCUUACCCCCAUGAGCAUUCACGUCAUGCUAUCAUUGCUGUCUUUCUCGGUUGUUUAUUCUUUAUUUCCUCGGAUAACAUGCACACCCUCAUUGAAAAGUUUUCAGUCAAGUGGUGGUUAAUGUAUGCCUGCUUGCUCGGAUUCUUCUACUUCUUUUCUUCUCCUUUUAUUGGCAAGACUAUCAGACCAAACUAUUCAAACUUCAGUCGAUGGUACAUUGCCUGGAUUUUAGUUGCAGCUUUGUAUCACCUUCCUAAUUUUCAGUCAAUGGGCUUGGAUUUGAGGAUGAAUUUGUCCUUAUUUUUGACGAUUUAUAUAUCAUCAAUAGUCUUCCUUGUUGUCUUCCACAUCAUUUUUCUUGCCCUCUGGUAUGUUGGUCUUGUUUCUCGCGUGGCUGGUAGACGCCCAGAGAUCUUAACCAUUCUUCAAAACUGCACCGUUCUUAGCAUGGCUUGCUGUAUCUUUUACAGCCAUUGUGGUAACCGAGCUAUUCUUAGGGACAAAACUCCUGGAAGACAGCAUCAUUCUAGCUUGUUUUCCUUCUGGAAAAGAGAACAUCGGAACAAUACCUGGAUUGCACAAUUCAUUCGUAUGAAUGAGCUGAAAGACCAAGUGUGCUCGUCAUGGUUUGCGCCAGUUGGAUCCGCUAGUGAUUAUCCACUGUUGUCCAAAUGGUUCAUUUACGGAGAGAUUGCGUGUAAUGGAUCUUGUCCUGAUUCAUCUAGCGAAAUUUCUCCCAUAUACUCGUUGUGGGCCACAUUUAUUGGUCUUUACAUUGCCAAUUAUGUAGUGGAGAGAUCAACAGGGUGGGCUCUGACACACCCUCUUUCAGUCGAGAAAUGUGAGAAGUUGAAGAAGGAACAAAUGAAACCAAAUUUCUUAGAUAUGGUUCCUUGGUAUUCAGGAACAUCGGCUGAUUUGUUUAAAACAGUGUUUGACCUCCUCGUAUCAGUGACGGUAUUUGUUGGCCGCUUUGACAUGCGGAUGCUGCAGGCUGCAAUGACCAAAUCUUGUGAUGAAACCAAGAGGGAAGAACUUUUAUAUGACCACCUUGCUAACAAGGAAGACUUUUGGUUUGAUUUCAUGGCGGAUACUGGUGAUGGUGGGAAUUCAUCAUAUGCUGUUGCCAAACUUCUUGCUCAGCCUAACCUCGAAGUUGUAGUGGAUGAUGAAUAUCGACCUUUACCUCGGGGUGAUGUACUGCUUAUUGGAGGAGAUCUUGCAUACCCCAACCCAUCAGCGUUUACAUAUGAGAAGCGUCUCUUUUGUCCUUUUGAGUAUGCGCUCCAGCCUCCCCAUUGGUAUAAAAAUGACUCUAUUGCUGUUGACAAACCUGAAUUACCUGAGGGAGUGAAAGAACUAAAGGAUUAUGAUGGUCCUCAAUGUUUUCUCAUCCCUGGAAACCACGACUGGUUUGACGGACUCAAUACGUUCAUGAGGUAUAUCUGCCAUAAGAGUUGGUUAGGUGGCUGGUUUAUGCCCCAGAAGAAAAGCUAUUUUGCCCUGCAGCUACCUGAGGGAUGGUGGGUGUUUGGUUUGGAUCUUGCUCUUCAUGGUGAUAUUGAUGUCGACCAGUUUAAAUUUUUCUCUGAAUUGGCCAAGGAGAAGGUUAAGGAGGAUGAUGCAGUGAUCAUUAUAACGCAUGAACCCAGCUGGCUUCUUGAUUGGUAUUGGAGCAGCGAUACAGGGAAGAACGUGAGGCAUCUGAUCUGCGACGUUUUGAAACACAGGUGUAAACUUAGAAUGGCAGGGGACUUGCAUCACUAUAUGCGACAUUCAUGUGCUCAGUCAGAUGGACCUGCCCACGUCCAACAUCUUCUUGUAAAUGGCUGUGGAGGAGCUUUUCUGCAUCCCACCCAUGUUUUCAGCAAAUUUUCCAAGUUCUAUGGGUCUUCGUAUGUCAGCAAGGCUGCCUACCCUUCUUUUCAUGAUUCAAGCAAGAUAGCUUUGGGAAAUAUUUUGAAGUUCAGGAAAAAGAACUGGCAGUUUGAUAUCAUUGGUGGCAUUAUAUACUUCAUCUUGGUCUUUUCAUUGUUCCCUCAGUGUAAGCUAGCCCACAUCUUACGAGGUGAUUCGUUUUCUGGUCACCUGGAGAGUUUCUUAGGCACAGUUUGGAGCGCCUUUGUGUAUGUGAUGGAACAGUCUUACGUGUCUUUUACGGGUGUACUGGUUUUGCUGAUCUCUGCAAUCAUAUUCGUCCCUUCAAAAUUAUCUCGGAAGCGAAGGGUGAUGAUUGGAGUUCUUCAUGUUGCUGCUCACCUGAUGGCAGCUCUGAUUCUCAUGUUGAUGUUGGAACUAGGCAUAGAAAUCUGUGUUCAGCACAACCUCCUUGCGAAUUCUGGGUAUCAUACAUUGUAUCAGUGGUACAAAUCAGUAGAAAGCGAGCAUUUCCCGGACCCUACUGGCCUUCGAGUCCGUAUCGAACAAUGGACGUUUGGCCUUUAUCCCGCAUGCAUCAAGUAUCUUAUGUCAGCAUUUGAUGUUCCUGAGGUGAUGGCGGUUACCCGGAACAACAUUUGUAAAGAAGGAAUGGAAUCUCUCUCUCGAAGCGGAGCUGUUAUUUAUUAUGCUUCUGUCUUCCUUUACUUCUGGGUCUUUUCAACACCUGUGGUGUCUUUGGUGUUUGGAAGCUACUUGUAUAUCUGCAUCAACUGGCUCCACAUUCACUUCGAUGAAGCUUUCUCUUCACUCCGCAUUGCUAAUUACAAAUCUUUCACUCGUUUCCACAUCAAAAAGAAUAAAGACAUUGAAGUGUUCACUCUAGCCGUUGAUAAGGUGCCAAAAGACUGGACGCUGGACAAAGAUUGGGAUGCAGAGCCGAAACAGAGUGGGGUGAUGAGCCAUAAGAGAAAGUUUCCAAGCAAAUGGUGUGCAUCAUCAGCGCAACAAGACCCUGUUGCUGCCGUGAAAGUUGUGGAUCAUUUCGUUAUUUAUAGAUCACAGAAUCAAAACGGAGAGUGUUAGGUAUGGAUCAAUACUCCACUGGUCUGGAUCAAUAUUCCACUGAUCCUUGACUAUUGUUUCCCUACCAUUUUGUAUAAAUUUAGUAUUGUAAUGUAUGUAGUAGUCGCUCUGCUUCUUGUUUGCGUUGCAUAGUAAAAUCAGUUGGCCAAUAUAUAUAAAGGAAUAUGAUUUAUUGUU